GUUUAAUGUUCGGAGGUUUAUCGGUCUCGUGUUGGUUCUGGUUCUGGUUCUGUAAUCGCGUGUGGACGCGUUAAAUCUGACGCGCGUGUGUGUGGUGUAUCCGUCAUUCAGGCAGGAAUCAAAUCACAGAUAUCACGAUGGGAUCUGAAAUACUCCACGACUCUCUCCGUGGGCGGUGUCUGGGUGUCCUCAGACGGAUGGAGAUUUACACGCGGUUCCGUUAUUAUUUCCAGCACCCGUGGUCUCGUCUGGUCGUAGUGUAUCUGGUCAUCUUCUUUAAUUUCCUGAUCUUUGCGGAGGAUCCCAUCUCUCACAGCCAGACGGAAGCACACAUGAUCGUGGUGGGGAACUGCUUCUCAUUCGUGGUGAAUAAAUAUCCUAAUGGAGGAUGGAACGUCUUGAAAGUCCUGAUGUGGAUUCUGGCCAUCAUCACGGGCCUCAUCUCUGGGAAGUUCCUGUUUCAUCGACGCUUGUUUGGUCGUCUGUUGCGUCUGAAGAUGUUUCGUGAGGAUCACGGCUCAUGGAUGACGAUGUUCUUCAGCACGAUUCUCUCUCUGUUCAUCUUUUCUAACAUAUAUAACCUUGUACUGUUCAUGAGCAGACGAAUGGGUCCUUAUAUGGUGACGGAGUACAUGGGUAUCAGAAACGAGAGUUUUAUGAAGUUGGCCGCUGUAGGAACAUGGAUGGGCGAUUUUGUGACGGCAUGGAUGGUAACAGACAUGAUGCUGCAGGAUACACAUUACCCGGACUGGGGCAGAACCGCGAGGCACUUAUGGAGGCAGGGCAAUAACAGAAUAGUGCUCUUCUGGACGGUGUUGGUCUGUCUGAGCUCUGUGGUGGUUCUGGUCAUCAGUACUGACUGGAUCAGGUGGGAUAAUCUGAACCGCGGGUUUCUGCCCAGUGAUGAGGUUUCCAGAGCGUUCCUCGCGUCCUUCAUCCUGGUCUUUGACCUCCUCAUCAUCAUGCAGGAUUGGGAGUUUCCUCACUUCAUGGGCGAUCUGGACAUGAAUCUACCGGGUCUUUCCACCACACAAGUGAAGAUCAAACUGCCCUUGUGCAAACGUGUCUUUAAAGACGAGUAUCAUAUUCACAUCACAGGGAAAUGGUUUAAUUACGGCAUCAUCUUUCUGGUUCUAAUCUUGGACCUGAACAUGUGGAAGAACCAGAUCUUCUAUAAGCCAUAUGAAUAUGGUCAGUACGUUGGUCCAGGAGAGAAGAUCUACACCGUUGAAGAUCCAGAGACACUGCGAGAUUUCAACCGAAGCACGCUGACCUGGGAAUGGCGCUCCACCAGCAUCGACCCACUCACCAACCAGACGUACGCCCAACGAGACAUGUUCCUACACAGCCGUUACGUGGGCUCCAGUCUGGACGUUAAAUGCCUGGCUUUCAUCCCGAGUCUAGCAGCCUUUGUGCUCUUUGGAUUCUUCAUCUGGCUGUUUGGCCGUUUCCAAGACAGCGAGACGUUCCCCGAGAACCAAGACAACAGUUACGAGCGAAUCAAGCGAAAGUCGCCAUCCAAUCUGGGAGUCAUGCCAGAGGAGGUGCACAUCACCAUGUGCGAGGUGCUGAAGAGAAGCGGAACACUGAUGUUGCUCUUAGUGGACACGCAUCAUUUUGGGUCCUCAAACAGCUCCAUGUCACCUAGUUCAAGCGACACUCAGGAGAUACAACCCAGUGUAGCUGUUGACAGCCUUGUCCCUGAUGAUUCUGCUGAUGUCAAACAACUGACCCCAUGACCUUAGCCAAAGGUCAAAAUGAGUCCAGGAAGGACUUCCUGAAAACUUUCUGGACACUGUUUGGUGUCAGUCCAACAAUCUUGCAGAUAAUGUUGUCGAUUGGCUUUUGGCGCCUUCGUAAAACUUUGUGGAAACUACCAUGGAAAUUCUGUUUGUAUUUUCUAUGUUUUUGUAAGAUACUUUUUAAAGACUCUUCCUAUGGCAUGAAUGUUUGAACUAAAUCCGUUCGGUGUUCUUCAAAUCGUUCCUCUAUAUGGCUCUAUGGUGCUGAAUGUUUAAUUUAUUUUGUAUUUCUUUUGUAUGUAGAUGUUCUGGUGCCUACGUAGAUAAAUACUGUAUGUACACAGUGAGUGCAUGGCAUGAUGGUUAUGGACAUGUUACUGUUAAUUAUAAAUAGUCCUGGGUAUCGAUACAGAUUUCCCUAUUUGAAUUGAUUCCGAUUCACAAGCUCUUGAUUUGAUUAUGAUUUUUGAUUAGAUUUCAUUCUGAUUCAUUUGGAUAUACAGUAUUUCAGUUAUAAUGUCCAUUUUGCUUACAUAUGAAUGAAAUUCUCCACUAAAGCUAUAAGUUAUGCAGGGAAAAUUCGCAAUUAAAAAUAGGGCUCAGUUUAAUUCCAAUAUACAGACAUAAUAAUCAACAUAUCCAAAACUGAAGUAAACUUUAAAGGUGAUGCAAUUGAUUUUUUCAUGGAAAGGUAUGCAAAAAAUGUUACUACUCCCUGAAAGAUAUUACUGAAAUAAGUGUUGUGAGAUAUCUCACCGGUCUCUGUGACAGCUCUAGACUCUGUAAACAACAAACAAAAAUGGUCUGCAUUCCACGGACAAUGACGUUUUCUGCCUGUCAAUAAUUUUUCGUGUUCUCAUAUUAUUGUAGUUGCAGCGAAUUAUUGAGGCUUAAUGCAUUUUUAUGUCAUUUGGCUCAAUACAGUUGUCAGUUGAGGGCGCUAUUUUGCUACUGUUGUUUUUGACAACCGUUUCUGCUCGUGUCGGUCUCAAUAAAGCUCAUUUGGUAUCUUUGGAGUGUGGCGUUUUGGAAAAAGGACCGUGGUUAAUUCAACGACUCAUCUUGUGAAAAAUCUAAAAAGGCUAAAAUCACUUACAGCACCUUUAGAGUAAAAGAACGAUCUUGGGAUUUUAAGAAUCAAAAUCGGGAUCGUUCAAAUGAAGAUUAAUCGUAAAAUCUAGAUGUUUACUCUGCUCUGGUUAUAAGACAGUCAGUCAGUCAGUCAUAUUUAUUUAUAAAGCACAUUUAAAAACAACAGCUGUUGGCCAAAGUGCUGUACAGAGUUUAAACAAAUAAUGUAAUAAUUAAAAUUAGGACACAAAUCACAAUCACAGACAAUGCACAAUUUUUUUUUUUACCACUACACGUACUUGUGACCAUAUGCAAUAAUAAAUAAAUCAGUUUUAAGAAGAGAUAUAAAAUCAUCAUAUGUUGAUGCAGUUUUUAUGUAAAGUGGCAAAUUAUUCCAGAGCUGUGGAGCAGCCACUGAGAAGGCUCGAUCUCCUUUCAAUGUGAGACGUGUCCUUGGAACAGUCAACCAUAGACUAUUGGUUAAUCUGAGGUCUCUGGAUGUAUUAUGAUGAAAUGAAAGAAGAUCAGAAAUAUAUGGAGGAGCCAAACCAUGCAAACCCUUAUAAACGAACAAUAAUGCUUUGAACUGAAUACGAUGUUUGAGUGGGAGCCAGUGGAGAGAGACCAGAACUGGUGAAAUAUGUUCCCUCUUCUUUGUUCCAGCAGCAGCAUAUUGGACAAGCUGAAGACGUGACAGUAGAGACUGUGAAACACCCAAAUACAAUACAUUACAAUAAUCUAAUCUUAAUGAAAUAAAAGCAUGUAUUACAGACUCCAUAUAUUUGGAUGUUAAGAAUGACUUCCUUUUAGCUAUAUUCUUUAGUUGAUGGAAACAACU